AGCACUGUGACCCGAUUCGAUUCCUUUGUUCUCCCCUUCACUUUGCCCCGAUCCGCACCCAAACCCUAGCCAUCUAAAACCCCCGCGGCUCCGAUGGCCGCCGCCUCGCCACCGGCCUCCCCGCCUCACCCCAAGCGCCGCAAGAUGUCCUCCUCCUCCGACCCCGACCAGGAGCCCACCUCGCCUUCCGCCGCUGGCGCCGACGGCGCGCAGCCCCGCGCCCCCCGGUACAAGCGUCGCAAGGUGGCCAUCCUGCUCGGCUACUGCGGCGCGGGGUACCAGGGCAUGCAGAAGAACCCGGGCGCGCGCACCAUCGAGGGGGACCUGGAGGAGGCGCUCUACCGGGCCGGCGCCGUGCCCGAGGCCGACCGCGCCGCGCCCCGCCGCUACGACUGGGCCCGCGCGGCGCGCACCGACAAGGGCGUCAGCGCCGCGGCGCAGGUCGUCUCCGGCCGCUUCUACGUCGACCCGCCCGUCUUCACUGAUCGCCUGAAUGCGCAGCUCGCGCCCCAGAUCCGCGCCUUCGGCUACGUCCGCGUCACCAACUCGUUCAACGCGAAGAAGUUCUGCGACCGCCGGAGGUAUGUGUACCUGCUGCCCGUGUUCGCGCUCGACCCCAGCGCGCACCCCGACCGUGAGGCCGUCAUGGCGAGCGUUGGGAGUGGGAGCGAGCUUACGAAGUGCCUUGAGUGCUCAGAGAGGGGUAGGAAGGUGCCCGGUGUCAUGGGCCGGGAGGGUAAGGUACCCGAUCCUGCCCUUCAGGAGGAGAAAUCUGUUGAGGCUUCCCGGGAGGAAGCUGCAGUGGGUUCAAAUGAGGAUGCAAAUUGUGAUCCUGCAAGCACUGGCGAUCGUAGUGUUGAUUUACCUAUCCCUGAUAAUGAAACCAAUACCCAAAUCACUGAAAUGAGAUCAAAUGGUGCAGAAAAAUGUGAUGUUCAACUGUCAGGUGGUACUCUCUGUUCUGAAGCUGUACCAGCUAGCAAUAGUGAGACUGUUUGCCCCAUCCUGAAUUCAGAUUCCAACACGAAUUCAGAUUCAGUUGAUGUUGAUCCUUCAUUUGUGGCUGAAAAGAAAGGUAGUAUUGAGACUGUUGUUACUGAAGAUGGAAAGAAACAAGCUAUGGAUGUUGUUACUGAAGAUGAAAAGAAACAAGAUGUGGAUUAUGAAGGCAGCAGUCUAGAAGAGAUGCCCCUGAGAAGUGCAUUUUCUUACACUCAUGAAGUCAAAGAGAGGUUUAAUAGAAUUCUCAAAAAAUAUGUUGGAACACACAAUUUCCACAACUUCACCACCAGAACUAAAGCGGAGGAUCCUGCAGCCAAAAGGUUCAUCAUUUCCUUUGCUGCUGAUCGUGUAGUGAAUUUGGAUGGGAUUGAUUUUAUCAGGUGCGAGGUUGUUGGGCAGAGUUUCAUGCUCCAUCAGAUUAGGAAGAUGAUUGGCCUUGCUGUUGCUGUGAUGAGGAACUGUGCUCCUGAGUCAAUCUAUGAUGUAGCGUUCCGCAAGGAUGUCAAUCUUAAUGUGCCUACUGCGCCUGAGGUUGGGCUGUACUUAGAUGAAUGCAUGUUCACUUCAUAUAACAAGAAAUGGAAGGAUUCACAUGAGGCGGUUUCUAUGGAACCUUAUUCUGAGGAGGCUGAAGAGUUUAAGCUCAAGUAUAUAUUCCCUCAUAUCGCUGCAAUGGAGCACAAGGAGGGAGCUGUAGCUCUCUGGUUGCAUUCGUUGAACAGCAGAAAUUAUCCAGAUUUUCGCUACAUGGAUAAUGCUGGAACUGAGGCAAGUAUUGCUGCUGCAGUUGAGAGUGUUGAUGAAGGGACGGUGCCAAGUGAUAAUAUUAGUGAGUGACUCUUUUCCCAAAGGAACUUGUAGGACACAGUACUUCUGUCUGUUGUAUGUGUCUGGAGAGAGGCUUUGAAAUAUUGCUUAUGGAACCAAGACUGGAUUGAAGGCUGCAUCUCUUUUUCAUUGAUAUACGGGCAUAAAUAGUCAAGUUGUGUAAUGCUUCAGCGCUUACAUAGGCAGUGUUUCCUUGGAUGGACAUUAUUUUUUUCCGGAUAAGAAUGUUAUAAAUUUGAUAUAUGUUACUUAUUUGGAGGCAGUGUCAUGGCAAGUUAUGACGCCUGAGAAAUGCUUCUGCAAUGUUUGUUUGCUGAAACUAUCCUAAAUGGUUACUAUGCUUUAUAACUUUCUAUA